UGCUAAUGUCGCUGGUUUGAUUCCCACAUGGGCCAGUGAGCUCUGCCCUCCACGAGAGGACUUGGAACUGAUGGAUCCUGGAAAAACACACUAUUCCCCCCGACCCAAAAAAAAAAAAAGCAAGCCUUGGGAAGUUAAAAGUCUGAGUUUGGUGUAGCAGGAUGAAAAAUGCCCACAGCCCUUACUAUACUUUUCUAGUAAAUCCUCCAGAAACAAACCACAAGAUGAUCAGAAAUGAAGUUUUCAUUUUCUUCAUCAAAUCGUAUAAGAGCUUUAAACCCCAGAGAGGGGCUAACCUGCUUUGUAAAACACCCUCCUCAGCUUGUGUAGGCAGGAUUGGAAUCUCCUGGGGGCGCACAUUUAGCCCCUUUACACCUGGGGGUUCGCAGUGCCUGAGCCUGUUCUGUCAAUCAGCUGUGUCUGCCUAACUCACCUGGGAUCAACUGGUACCUCUAGGACGUUCGGGCAGCCAAAAUCGACGUUUUAGCACCUCCUAUAACACCGAAAAUACUAGCCAAGUUGGGCGUUGAGGCUUUCUCUGGUUUCAAGUUGUCUAAGGCUGUUGGUGGGUGUAAGUUCGAGAGGCACCAAAACAAAGACGUGAGGACGAAGGGCUUCACCGAGCUGGGGUGAAACUCCGGGGUCCCUAAGACGCGCGACGGGAUUACUGCGCGAGGUGAUGGCAAUAGAGCAGAGCCAAGGCCGCCUGCACCUCCCCGCGGUCCCGCCCCUCACGCAGCCCCGCCAGGCCGCUGGCCCUGACUCGCCCCGCAGGGCCCGCCGCGCCCUACAGACCACGCCCACCGGCCCCGCCCCGGCGGCCAGCCCCGCCCUCUGGCCUUGCCGAGCCCACAGGCCCUGCCGCGCCCCGCAGGCCCCCGCCGCCAUCUUUGUGAGGGGCAGCCGGGCCUGGGGUCUGGAGAUGCCGAAGUCGUGCGCGGCCCGGCAAUGCUGCAACCGCUACAGCAACCGCAGGAAGCAGCUCACGUUCCACCGGUUCCCGUUCAGCCGGCCCGAGCUGCUGAAGGCGUGGGUGCUGAAUAUCGGCCGGGGCAACUUCCAGCCCAAACAGCACACGGUCAUCUGCUCGGAGCACUUCCGUCCUGAGUGCUUCAGCGCCUUUGGGAACCGCAAGAACCUCAAGCACAAUGCCGUGCCCACGGUGUUCGCCUUUCAGGACACUGCGCAGCUGGUGAGGGAGGACGCAGACCCGGCUGGCGAGGGUGGAAAUGCCGACUCUGAGAAGGAAAAGGUCAUCUCGGAGGCGGGGGCCCAAGAGCAAGGCCCAGGGAGGAAGAUGGACACUGCUCUCCAAGCACUGCAGCUGCCCGCCAGCGCCGGAGGGCCUGGAGGACAGGUCCUGCCACAGAGACCGGAAGCAACUGAGGCCCCUGGUCAGCCUGCCAAAGCCCCGCAACCAUCCGAUCACAGCUAUGCCCUUUUGGACUUAGAUGCCCUGAAAAAAAAGCUCUUCCUGACCCUGAAGGAAAAUGAAAAGCUGCGGAAGCGCUUGAAGGCCCAGAGGCUGGUGAUGCAGAGGAUGUGUGGCCGUCUGCGAGCCCACAGAGCGGGGCUGCCGGGCCUCCGGGCCGGGCUGCGGCCCGAGCAGCAGAGCUGAGCCAGGCGGCCGGGCUCAUCGGAGCCCUUGGGACGUGGACCUUUCAGUCCUGCUGCUGACCCUGGGCAGCAGUGAGCGUGCCAGGCCAAGUGAGGAGCCCAAGGUGGCAUCAGACUGGGGGGGCGAGGCCGUGAGCAUGACAAACUUGGUUCUCCAGGAGAUGACAGCCCCAGCUGUCCUUUCAGCACAAGCUGGGCGAGUAUCCUUGGAAGCACAGCAUGACGAGCUGUCCCAAGUCAGAGUAGCAGACACUCCCCCUGCCAUGGGGAGGAAGCCCAUUUCCUUAUGAGGCAGCUGGGUCCAGGGAAGGACCUGGUGCGUGGGUCACUCCUACCCCCGCACGAGAAGGUGAGGACUGACUAAUGCGCCUGGACAGCCGGCUCUCCAUAGACUGGCCUCCUUUGAGUGACAACAUAAUAAAGUAUCUUCCUACA